CUCGCUUGUUUUGUUUACUUUUCUAGGUAUUACACAAAGACUAUAAGAGAUUGCUGCCCGUAUUACAAAGGACCCUCUUGCUCAGACCCUUUGUGUAGGAUGGGAUAUGGUUCAAACACUUGUAAUAUCAACAACGAGGGGUAUGUUAAGUACAAAAAUGGUAAUGUGGUCAGAAACAGUGGCGGAACAUGCCUUACCCCGUUUCAUUGCCAUAACUGCAACAAAGGAUAUUACCCUACUACAUACAAACGUGGAUAUUGCAAAGCCUGUUACAAGCCAGCACACUGUAAUCUACCAGUAUGUUCAUCAUGGAGUAACUAUUGGUGUGAAUAUUGUGAAGGUGAAUAUAUCAGGGGAAAGCGAGGCUUUAACGUUUAUACAGGGUUACCUGAUAACAAGAAAUGUCAAAGGGCUUGUUCAUGGGAUAAAGGAGCCAGAUGCUUCCCGGGUACUUGCACAGGCAACAUGGUACUGGAAACAGAUUGUCAAUGUGCCAAAGGCUUUACAUCCAAAUAUAGUGAUUGUUCCACAGCAACAUCUGAAAAACUUCCUGCGAUAAAACAAAUGUAUUUUAAGCUCCUUGGUUCUGAAAACAUACCAAAAAUAGUGGACAAGGCACUUCUACAUGAAUCACAUGAAGGCACAUUUUGGACAAAAGAAACCGGUUGGUCGAGUAUUUCGCUGGAAGGAUCUUCACACUACAAGCUCGAAAUUGACAGUGCCAAUGUACCAAAUCAUACUCUUGAUUAUAGUGUUGGAAUACAAGUGCAAGAGCUGGUUUUAACUUUAUUACGGGGUUCAGAAAAUGCAGAAUGGAAAAUUGAUGGAGGUUGCACAAACUUUAACGAAAGCUGCAGCAAGGCAAUCACAAAUAAAAGGAUAAGUAAUAUUGACUCUUGGAGGAAAAUUUUAAACUAUAGGGAUUUUAAACACGCUGAUAAGAUCAAGUUCAAAUUGUCAGCCAAAAAUGGCGGCAAAGUCAUCUAUGAGGACAGAGGUAGCUUCCAACCUCCAUAUACGAUAGGACACUAUUUUCUCAAUGGCAUUACGACAAGCGAAGAGUUUGAACUUGGUUUUGAUACAUUUACGCCAAACCAUUGCUUUGAACAAGAUAAUGACUGUGUUCAUGAUGCAUUAAAAGUAACUGAUUUCUUCACUGAGUCUAAAGUCACUGGUUUUUGGGAUGGAUGGACUGAUUUAGAUUCGGGAAUAGACGCGUACGAAUUCAAUAUUUAUUAUUUAGAAAAUUCCUUGGAUGAUAAUCUUCUUCAAUACAAAUACAUGCUAACACCAAGCACAUUAUCAUCAACUUAUUCCUCCACAACUUUUGACCUAGACGAACCCGGGCCAUAUUCAGUAGAGAUUAUUGUACAUGACCGUGCCAAAAAUUACAAAAUUGCCAGGAGAAUUAUUCUCUAUGACAAUGCGUCUGUUGUUGAUCUAUACGGAAAACCUCCAAGCAUUGUUCAAGCCCUGGAAAACGGGUGGAUAAAUAAACAUAGCGAAGAAAUAGAAAUUGUUUGGCCGAAUAGAUUUCGAAAUAUUAGACAUAGCAAUGGUGGUUGGCUAAAUGGUGUACAAGAAAACAAAAAUAUUUCUAGAGAUCUUGAUGACCGAGAAGGACGAUCAAGUAGAACAAUUGACAAACUAAAAAACGUAAACGGAAUUGUUCGGUUUGAUAUAGCACGUAACGUUGAAGUUGAUGGUAAAACAGAUUAUGUCAGUUUUGAACGAGUGCCUGAUGAUUUCUUUAAAUUAGAAAAGAUGGUAUAUACUGGUGAAGAAUUUGUUGAUGGGAAGAAGCUAACGUAUUUUAUACGCGGAAUUGACGCUGUUGGAGAAUUUGCUGAGGAUAAUGUAACAGUUAAGAUCGAUCUAUCUCCGCCAGUUAUACAAAACCUUUGGCUCACAAAAGGUGACUGGGUCAACAUUAGUGUACACAGUUUUUUAGAAUUGAACAAAUUAAUAAUUGAAUGGGAAGUAUUUGAUUUCCACAGUGGUAUUCACGAAAUUUCAUGGAAAAUAUUUGAUAAUUUUACCAACAGAGAAGUAGUCCAUGGGCAUUCCUAUGAGCCACCACAAGGGGAAACAGAGACUAUUGAAGAGUGCUGGAGUAAUUAUUCUAUGAACGCCCGAGGAGCAAACUGUUACUGCUCGCCCUAUAAUGGAUGCUUUCACAAACAUUUUCAAGUCAACCCACAAGUAUCGAUAGAAAACAACACUGGCCUCAUAAGCGGAAAAGAAAUUGGGGAACACGAUUUUGACUACAUUAUAGAGGUUACUGCUACCAACAAUGCUGGAUUAACAACUAUUCUUCAGAAAAAGAUUACUAUCGAUACAUCACCACCCCAUGAAGGAAUUACGCACGAUGGUUUUCCAGGGUACCCAGAACUCGAUUUUCAGCAGACAUUACGUCUUAGCGGCCACUGGGAUCACUUCUUUGAUAAGGAAAGUGGUGUUUGGUUGUAUACAUAUGGCUUUAAUGAAAGGUGUUUAAACAAAAACGAGUUAGAUAUUCAUUUCAACGUUAGCUGGACUUAUGACAAUACAGCUGAAUUGACAGUGGAUAAGCCCGGGAAAUAUUACCUGACAGUAAUGGCAUACAACCAUGCUCUUGACCAUAGUAAACCCGUAUGCUCCGACGGUGUAACAAUAGAUGACACUCCAGCAGUUGUAUCGGACGUUGUUAUUCAAAAUGCCGUUACAACUGAAGGGCUUGUCAAGAGUAUGGCUGAUUAUACAGUGUACAUUCUGUACAGAAACAGGGAACUGGUACAGGUUGAAAAUCCUUCUGAAAUUUGCAGAGACCGUGCAAUAUCACUAUCAGAUAUAACUUUAGGACUUUACCCGCAUAUAACACAACAAAAUGGGACGAGAAGCAAAAUAAAGCUGAAUGAGAACUGUAAUGACCUUUAUGGUCCUCAGCCAGAUCUCAUUUCAUUCAUAUCAUCUGACUGUGUUGUUGAUAUAUCAUGGAAUGUAACUAUUGGUCCCAGUGGUCUGCAUGAUUAUGAAGUUGGGAUAUCUUCUCAACAUUCUGAGAUACCAGAUAUAAUGGGUUUUACGUCUUCUCAUCAACAUCAGCACAUGCGUUUAUUUCAUCCAGAUAUUUUUGAUGGUGAAAUUUUCUAUCUGUUAAUCAAGUCUAUAACUCAAUCGUCAGUUAUUGGCAUUAAGAUAAUCGGUCCAUUAUCAUAUGAUUCAUCAAAACCUGAAUUUAAAGGAGAAAUAACAUUAUCUACUGAACAUACCCAUAAUGACACAUUUCUAAUAGCAAGAUGGGAUGUUGGCGCGUUUACUGAUCAUGGUGAUCCACAUGCUUUAACGUACGAAGCUGCAAUAGGCACUUCGAAAAAUGCACAAGAUGUUCACCCAUUUAGCAUUUUAUCUUUCGGUGGAAGUUGUUUACCAUUUGAAUCUCCUACGUGCACGGCAUUCUCAACUCAAACAUUUCGCUGGAACCUACAUGAUGAUCAAAAUUACUACGUAACAAUCAAAGUUAAAGACACUGCAGGUCACUUUGUUACCGCUUCCUCUACAAAAUACAGACAUUACAGCCAAUUACCAUCUAGAGGGAUUGUUAGAGACGUAGAUGACACAGGAGUAAAGUUUAUUGACAUAGAUGACAUAGAUUUUCAAACAAGUACAUCGACGGUUACAGCACGAUGGUCUGGCUUUAAGCAUCCGCAUGACGAUAUUAGAUUUACUGUCUGCAUUUCAAAUGCUUUCAGUACUGACUUCAUCAAAUGUGAACAAACUACUUCAACUGAUCAGUAUACAAUUUCUGGUCUAAAUUUAACAGAGUAUGAGACUUAUUACCAAACUGUGAUAGCCGAAACAGAAGUUGGAAAUAUCACUGCUGUUUCUGACGGUAUUACUGUUGUCAUUGACGGAGAUGGUAUCCCCGGAAUACAAAUUUUUGAUGGUCUGCCAUGCGAUAGUCCUUUAAAUGAAGAUCUCAAUCUGACGUUAUCACACCAUAAUGAGGAUAAACGUUUAGUAUGUAAAAACGAUAUUGAAUUUCAAGCGUCUACAAAUGUACUUCAAGCCCACUGGACGAUCCCUUCAGAAAAGAGGCAUUAUCUGAAAGACAUAAAUUGGUCAAUAGAAGAAAGAGCGCCAGUCGCUGAUAUUUGGAAAAGAAUAACAGAGUUUCAGCAUCUGCGAACAAAUGCAACUCAUCUGGAAAUUAAUGGUUUAUUCCUAUCUCCAGGAAGAAAAUUUAGAAUAUCAUUACAAUUUUGUGCAAGACAGCAUUGUUUCAAACCCGUGCACAGUGAUGGGGUAUUUGUAGUUCCUAAUCCACCAGUAACCGAUUUUUUGACGGUUGCACAUGUAGAAGAUACCAAGCAGAUCCAGGUUUCGUUUGAAAAGUUCAGGGACUCGGAUAUAUCUGAUAUAUCUGAAUAUUACGAUGUCAUGGAUCAUUAUGAAUGGGCGUUUGCUGAUGGAGCUGAAAUUGGUCAUCUUUUGACAAAAUGGUCACGUAUUUCAACAGCAGUAGAAACAUCAAAUAAAACGCUUAACUUUACCAUCAACUUAAAUGGAGACGUUGCGUUUACGAAGUGUUGGUUCUUGACAGUAAGAGGAUACACGAAAGUGGGUCUUUCGUCAACCGUUUCAUCUUCAAUCAAAGACUGCCAGGAUGUUCAACAAAUUCGUCCUAGUAUAGUUAAUGAUGCUGUCGGAGACCCUCUUAGCAUUGAGAAUGUUCAUAUUGGAAAGGACAUUUACCUUGAAGAAAAUAGUAUUUGGGAGGCUCCAGACGAGGAUUACACACCUUACACUAAUAUACUGUCAGCCGUCUGGCCAACCUUAAGGUAUACUAAAUAUUAUUGGGCUGUUCUCCUUGUAAAGGCGAAUGACCCAACAGUAUUUUACAAAAAUAUGGAAACUCUUGACUUGAAAGAACCCUGUUCUCAUCCUGAUGCAAUAAAAUGCGGCAAUACAGAACUCGACUAUGUCAAUGUCAAUUUUGGUGAUGGAACUCUUGUGCAUGGGUAUCGGUACAUUAUUUGUAUUCAUGCAAAUAAAACAACUCUUCACCAUGAAUUUUGGGAUCAAACACUUGAUGAACUUAACGAGUGUAGUAAUGGUAUCACUGUUGAUCUAACACCGCCAAUACCCGCAGAUGUCUGGAUUGGAAGUGAUAAAGAACACUUGUAUCAGACCUCUACAUCUGAAAUAUCGGCUCAUUGGAACUCAUUUACUGACGUGGAAGAGAAAGGAUUUGCACCACAUAUAAGCGGAAUCACACACUAUGAAGCUGCUUUAGGUUCAAGUCCAGGAGGUGUUGAUGUUCAAAGGUUUACACAUGUUGGGCUGACAAAUCAUUACACUUUCCAUAAUCUAAAACUCCAAAACGGGCAUACAUAUUUUGCAACUGUUAAAGCCUAUGACUUUACCGGACUGUUUUCAAGUUCCAUAUCAGAGGGUAUAAAGGUUGAUACAACACCUCCAAAAAUAACGCAGGCAUCAAUCACAUUACCAACAAGGCAUAUUACAAGUACAAACUUUGUUGAGGCAUGCUGGAAAGAUGUGUUCAUGGAUUUAGAAAGUGGAAUAUCACAUUACAGUUGGGCAAUAGGAACACACACUGGCUAUGAUGAUAUUUUUCCAUUUUGUAAUACAGAAGAAGAUUGUGCUAGUACACCUGAGAACACAAAUAUAUCACUGAAAGAGGGUCAUGCAUAUUUUGUUACUGUUAAGGCUUAUAAUAAAGCAGGCCUUUUUACGUCAUCAUCGUCCUGGGCGUUUGUUGUCGACUUAUCACCACCUAUUCAAGGAGCGGUUUAUGAUGGUCCCCUAUCGGUAACAGGACAAAAUGUUGAUGUAGAUUAUAUAAGCAAUAAUGCAACAUUACAUGCCAGCUGGAAAGGUUUCCAUGACCCUCAUACCACAUUAGAAGAGUAUUUUGUGAACAUAGGAUCUUGUAAACAUUGUGCAGAUGUUUUAGUUAAGCAGCCAAUUGGAAUAAGAACAGACAUUGAGUUAACUUCCCUGCAAUUAUCAGAAGGAUUCCAUUAUUUUGUGACUGUGACUGCAUGCAACACAGCAAAACUAUGUUCGGAUGCAUCAUCUGACGGAUUUAUUGUUGAUUCAACUCCUCCAUUAAAGGGGGUUGUCAAUGAUGGUAUCCUUGAUAAUGAUAUACAGUAUCAAUCAUCAAGGAACUACAUAGGGUGUAAAUGGUAUGGCUUUACAGAUCCUCAAUCUGGCAUAUCUCAUUAUGUUUGGCGAGUAGGUACAACAAGAGGUGGUGACAAUAUUCUGGCUGCCACUGAAGUUCAUAAACACGAGUUGGCAUUUAUAUUUGAUCUUCAUUCUGAAUACAGCAUAUAUCUGCCAGAAAAUGGAACUCGAAUCUACUGUACUAUUCGUGCUUAUAACCACGCAGGAAAGUUUGUAGAAGCAUCCUCAAAUGGAUUCAUUAUUGAUGACACACCACCGAAUUUUACUGCUAAUUUAUCAAUGUCACCAAUAGGAACAAUAAAAGAUGGAACAACAAUCUUAAGAACAACUAUGAAAGUUCACUGGGGCGUCGAAGAUAACGAGUCAUUUAUAGAAAAGCAAUACCUAUCCAUUUCUUCGCAUCUUGGAGGAGAUUUUAAUCUUUCAUCAACUAGAGUCGAGGGCAUAGUCAGAGAUUAUAUAUUUACAGGCUUGGACUUUCAUGACGGAAGUUAUUAUGAUAUUAAACUUAUAUCAUGCAAUGGAGCAAGGCUUUGUACCGAAUCAUUUUUAGAGAAUAUUUUAGUUGAUAGUACCGCACCAACAACAGGGACGUUUGCAAUCAACACUGACCACGCUGCAGCUUUAUCUCGCCAACCAGAAGAUUGGAUGACAUGGACUCCGAUAUAUGUCAAUCUUGCUUGGCUUGGUUUUGAAGACAUUCAUUCUAAUAUUGAUACAUACUGUGUAAAUAUCGGCAGCCAGUAUAUGGGAAGCGAUCUGAAUGAGGAACCAAACACUCCGAUGAUCGUCACACAUGAUACAAAUUCUUCCUUUCACGAAGAUGGAAAAGUUCAAACAUUCAAAUUUCAAACGCAAAGACUUAAGGAAAACAUGGCAGUUUUUAUCAGUGUCACAGCUGAAAAUAAAGUGGGGCUUUCAAGUAAAAUAGCUCAUUCCCAGUUUAAUCUUCGUUAUGGAGGCACGAUGCAAUUGGUACGUAGAUGUGGUAGCUAUUCAUGUAAAGGUCAUUGUGUAUGUGCCCCACAUGGUAGCCUGUGUCACAGUGAACAGUACUGUAGCGACUUGAAUAUCUCAGAUAACAAUAAUGCAAUAAUUGAGGUCAAGGACUAUCUUGAUCUUCGAUUUCCUGACAAUUACAUUCAGCCGGAUCAUACUCCUAUCAACACUAUGCUUGCUGCAAAAUGGCAUAUUAAAACAACUCAAGGAAUAAGUCCUUUGUGGUAUGAGUGGAGUAUAGGCGAAAGUAUCUACGACACUCCAAUUGGUGUAUUUGAUACAGCAACAGAAAAGGUUUGGCAUGAUGCUGGUCAACAAACUACAUGCAUCUUUACUGUCGAUAGAGACAAAGAUAUCCUAACAGAACAACGGACUUACUCUGUUUUUGUGCGUGCCUGGUAUAGCAGUGAUACAUAUGCCAUAUUUAAAAGCAAAGGAGUUACCAUAUUUCACUCGCCGCCCUUAUCAAUCGUCAUAAAGGGCAGACGUGUAAAAGAAUCGCAUGUCUAUGCUGAUUGGUCGGGAAAGUUUGGAGGCAUCGUAUCUAAAUAUCAUGUGUACAUUAGUACCAUUCCAGGCGGUCAUGAUCUACACAAAAUAUCAGAAGAUUUGGUAAACACAGUUACGAAUGUCAAUAUUACCGGCCUGAAUUAUGAAGAAAAUACUAAAUACUUCACAGUUGUUCAAGCUUUUAAUCCAGUCGGGCUACAUACUAUUUCAGUAUCUGAUGGUUUCAUGUUGGAUAUAGAUCCACCAACAAGUGGGAUUGUAAUGGACGGGCUUUUUCUAGUAGAUAAACAUGCCUCACCUAAUUCAAGCUAUGUUCAAAGUUUUUGGCAUGGUUUCUCGGACAUUGGUUCUGGUAUAAAGACAUACGAAUAUUGCGUGUCAUCUGGUGUUGAAGAGGGAACAUGUGAUAUUCAACCGCUUUCUGAAGUUGGUAUUGCUAAUCGUAUUCAGAUUACUCCAAAAGCCAGUCUUGUACAUGGUUCAUUUGUAAGAGGAGAGGUCAGAGCUCGUGAUGUUAUUGGACAUACUUCCAAGCUUGUCUCUUCAAAUGGUCUUAUAAUUGACAGUACUCCACCGAUUCGUGUAAAAAGUGAAUUGUGUCAACCGAAUAUUUUAUUUAGUUCAUUUUUUGAAGAAAGCGAUGACAUGAAAAUUAAUGAUACAGUGUGUGAAAAUAUUUCAAGUUCAGACUGGAUGUUGUUACCCGGAACAUGUGUGUCAUUAGUUGACACUGUUUCAUCUAUUCAUGGGCGAACAGUUUUGCAUAUUCAAGGUUCAAUUUUCCAAACAUUACAAAGCGAAUUACAUGGUAAAUACAGACUUAUAUUUCAUACAUCAACUAUACCUUCAAGCAAUUUAUAUCACUCUGCCCUUGAAGGUUAUGUACAGAUAAACGGACAAAGAUACAUUUUCUUAGUGUACAACAAGCAUAAUAAAGGAACUUACGAAUGGCAAAAGCAUAUUUUCUUUUUUACCGUUGACACUAAUAAUACGCUGUUCGAGAUCGGAACAGCUAUGAGUACCUCUGUGUUUGCUAUAGAUGAUAUACAGUUUCAGCUUUGUGAGACUACAAAUCAGGAAGAACAAGAUGCAGUUGGUCAUGUUGAUGUUCAUACAGUAUUUGUUCACGAUUGGUCAUCAAUUCACGCAGAAUGGUCUUUUGUAGACCCCGAGACUGAUAUAAUCGAGUACCUUUGGGCCAUAGGGACGGUGCGAGGAGGAACUCAGUUACAGACGUUCUUGAGUGUAGGACGACAGUCGUUUGCAAGAAAUUACAGUUUAAGACUCGAGCACAAUACUAUGGUUUAUAUAACAGUUGUAGCCGUAAAUACUGCUGGACUACGCACAGUUAGCUACUCCGAACCUAUCCUUAUCGAUCUUACACCGCCAACAUGUAAUUAUGUGUAUGAUGGAUCUAUUUUUGGCCAAGACCUUGAUUACAUCAGUGGAGGUUACCUGGAAUUUCACUGGGAUAUUUAUGAUGAAGAGUCUGGUCUUAAUGCAUGCAGCUGGGCAAUAGAAAACUUUACGUCAAUUGAACCAGACCAGAAGACGGCAACUAAACUGUUUGAAGAAAUUCCUGAUGAAAAGGUUUACAUAACUGUCCGUUGUACAAAUGGUGCCGAUGUUACUCACACAUGUCAUUCUGAUGGUGUUAAACUGUUACACUCAACACCGUCCAUUGAUGGCGUUAUCUUGGAACUGUUAACCACCUCACAAACGCAGUACAUGCCGCGUGAAAGAUACCAUGGCAACAACACAGAAAUUCGUUUCCGAUGGACAGGAUUUGAUCCUGAUGAAGGUGUUCAAAGCUAUAUGAUAUCUCUUGACGGAGAUGAAGUAUCAAUGUCAGAAAUCAUAGACGGGUCAGCGUCUGGAUACAGUUAUGCAAGUUUUACAGGCCUUAACUUGACUGAUGGAGAGUAUUCUAUCUCUAUAACUGGUAUAAAUGAAGUAAAGAUGUACAGCCAGAGAAUAUCCGACAAAUUCGUGUUGGUCACACAACCGCCAAGCCUUACAGGCGCUCCGAUCAGAACAGUCUGGACAAAAGGAACAUCUACCGUUAAAGCAUCUUGGGAGAACGUGUUUUUGUCAGCGGAUCCUUUAUACUACGAAGUGUCAGUAAGACUGGCAGAAGGUGGAGAAGGAGAUCUUGUUCAGUGGCAAGAAACGGUUGAAACACAAAUAGAAUUUGUUAUUGAUACAAGUGGAAAGCCUGCUUCUGGUUUUACUAUUCGUUUUACUGUGAGGGCAAUAUCAUAUGUCGGAUUGUUUGCACUUAAACAUGAUACUUUAUUUGUACUGCCUUGAAUAAAAUAGUGUUUAUACUUGCAGAACAACUUUUCUAACAGUUUUUGCAUGAUUUAUCAUUAUGUGGAACUUCAAACAAUGAAUUUUACCUUGAUCUUAUUAUUUAUGUAUGUACAUGUAUACACUGGAUAUUUAUAUGAUUUCAUAAAUUAGUGCAAGUGUUGAAGCGAAAAAGAAAAUGCUUUUAAGUGUUGUAUUCCUGUUAAUUUUAAAUAUGUACUAACAGAUAUAAAAUAAUACAUUAUGGCUAGUUUUAUUUAAUUUAUAUAUGGUACUAACUCUAUAAUUAUAUGCACAUAUUUCAUGAAAAUGUUCGUGAGGACAAUAAUACAUGUUUUCAUACAAUGGAGAAAACAACACAACUGUGAGAUAUUUUAAUUACAGAACAACUGAAAGCAACUGAACUUCCAAAGUCUGAUAAAUAUUACAUAAAAGAACCAACAGAUGAAGAAGCCAUAAUCUAGAUAUUAAAAAAAAACGUGGAUUGAUAACGUCGUUUUCUUAGUUAUUAACACUUCUAAUUGAAAACUGUAAGUAUCCUGUAACUCAAUUUUUUAUGGUUUUAUAUAAAAAAAAUAUAAUGCGCAAAUGAAGAUUUAUCAAUAUUGUAAGUUCCAAAAAGCAUUAUUUGUAAAGAAAUUACCGAAUUUACAUUUCAUGAACUAAUAAAUAAAGCGAGGUAAUUAGAAAUUCAUUUUCUAUAACGUCUCAGUCAAAUUUUUCAAUAAGAAAUGAAUGCAUAUAUUUUAAUGAUUAAAUAUAAUGUGGAAAAAUAUUUACAGUAUAUAUUUUACAUAUUCUUCGAUGUUUGAAAAUUGUUUUAGAAGCGUAUAUACACAUAUAUACAUAAAUUUUCACUUAAGUGUGGUUACAACCUUAAUUACAACAUACAGGAUCUUUAAUCAUAUUCAUAGUCAUAAUGAAAUAAAACCACAAAAAAUGUGAAUUUAAUUUACUCAAUUGUAUAACAUUUUGAACAGUUAUUUAAUAUAGAAAGAUAAAAAUCCAUAAAAAAUUAUUGACUGACAAGUACUGUUUGUCACUUUCGAAAAAAGAUGUUAUUACAGUCAAUAAGUUUCUUUCAUUGCAAAAAAUAAUUCAAUUUACAUUUUUUGUCUUCAAAUAUUUAAGUGAAAUGACAUAAAUAUUAAAUUUCUUCUAAAUAUAAUAUAUAUAAAAUGAUUGUACUUCAUUAAAGGAAUUAAAAAAGUAAAACAAUACAUAGAACGAAUAUGAAGAAUAUGAAAAAGAAUUAAACUUCCAAAACCAGUUAGUAUAAAUAGUAACAAAUAAAGCACAAAGUAAAUUACAAAGAAGAAAAAUAUGUCCAUUC